CUAUUGAUAUGAGUGCGCAUAUUUUUCGAUUAUGUGAUUGAGUUGCGUGCAAUUACGCAUUUGUUUGUAGGAAUCUGUGAAUAACACGUGUGUUUGUUGUGUUGUGAACUGUUUUAAAUAUAAAUCUAUUUAACAUGCCACAAGGCAAAUUAAAAGUUAAAACUAAACUUCCGCCAGCGGUUAAGACUAAAAUAAAUAAACAAAAAAAGGGACCUGUGCAACGUCGUGGAAAUGCACCUAUUCAACCUAAAAAGGCAAAAGUUAAAGAAGCACAAAAAUUAAAAAAGAUAAUUUCGAACACUGUAAAUAAUGCUAUAGAAGAUGAACUUAGAGAAAGGGCAUUGGAAGGAAAAAAGUCUCUCGUAAAAAAGGAUAAAACAAUUAAAUCAAAGACCUAAUCGUUACUUAUACAAUAUGUAUAUUUAAUGUAAUUUAUUAUCUAAACGUUAAUUGCAAAUUUAUGUGAUGCAAUUAAUGAAUUCAUUUAAUAUUUUGUUAUAUGCCUUAAGUUGUAAUUUGAUACAACAUUUGUAUGUAUAAAAAUAGAUUAACAUAAUUUAAAGUUCAA